AUGAAGUUCUCUCUAUCGACCCUUUCUCCCCUGGUGCUCGGCGCCCUGCAGGUUGCAGCUGCGCCUGCGCCCGACUCGGUCAACCUGGCACCCCGAGCCACGCCAACCGUCUACUUCUGCGGCGACAGCACCAUGGCCAAGAACGGCGCGAAUGACGGCAGCACCGACGGCUGGGGCAACUACAUCGGCAACUACCUGACAGUCACGGCCGUUAACAAGGCCAUUGGCGGCCGUUCGGCUCGCUCGUACUGGAACGAGGGCCGGUUCCAGGCCGUUGCGGACCUCGUCACCUCGGGAGAUAUCGUCGUCAUUGAGUUUGGACACAAUGACGGUGGCACACCUACGUCGAACGACAACAAGCGCUCUGACUGCCCGGGAGCCGGCACUGAGACGUGCAUCUCAGACGUGACAGGCGAGACUGUCUACACCUUCGUCUACUAUGUCAUCCAGGCGUCUAAGCUCAUGACGGCCAAGGGAGCGACUGUCAUCCUCAGCUCACAGACACCUAACAACCAGUGGGAGACGGGUACUUUCGGUGGAGCCGCGCCUCGCUUCGUGGGCUACCAGAAGACGGCCGCGAAUGCCAUCGCCAGUUCCGCCGUUACUUUCGUCGACCACUUCCAGGCCGUCAGCAAGAUGAACCUCAAGCUCGGCAGCUCGGCCGUCAACGCCUUGUUCCCUAACGACCACACCCACACCAGCCCCGAAGGCGCCAAGCUUGCCGCCCAGGCCUUCGUCCAGGCUAUUUACCAGAAGAUGAACGGCACCACUAGCUUGACCUCUUACAUCAAGACACCUAUCACAACUGUGUACUAG